AUGGGCAGGGGCGGAACACGGCCGGCGGCGAGGAGGGGCAGCGGCCGUGACGGCGUGCUGGCGUUCCUGGCGAGGGGCCGGCGAACACGGGCAACCAAGGCGCACAAGAGCACCAGGGAGAGGGAUCUGGACGAAGGUGACAAAGAUUCCUGGGAUGAAGACUUCUUCUCUUCCUCAAAAGAAGACACCAAGGACACUUCCACCGACGACGACUCGGCAGCAGGAGGGUUCCUGCGUGAUGGAUCGUCGUCUUCAGAAGACGAUGGGGACGCCAGCAACGACGCCGGUCCUAGCAGCAGUGACGGUGGUAACAGCAGUAGCAACAGUUGCGGCGAUAGUGGCGACGAUGACACCAGCGCGUCCCCUCCGUACAAGCGCCGCAAGUCCUCAGGGACCUACUGGUGGUAG